AUGAACUCGUUUAAGCUCUUGGCUAACCGGAUCACCGCCUACAGCCCCCCUCUUCAAGAUGGCGCCGGCGAGGAGACGGAGGGCACUGUUUGUCCCGAGGUCACGGUUGAUCAAAUCGAAGACAAAGACGAUCCUCUACCGAGUCCAACCCCACGAGAGCCCGAAGAAGAUGCCGUUCCCGGCAGCGAUGACGCGUCGGUGGAACAGGAACUGGUGUCUUCUCCCGAAGGACUGCUGUGGACAUCGCGAGUCAUCAUGGCCAUACUCUUCUUCCCCAAUUAUAUGAUCAUCCAUCCGAUUCUUCUUAUAUACCAUUUUGUUGCCAUUCCCUCAUGGUUUACACUGAAGAAGACGAUGGCCACCGAUGUGGUCGUCGAGGAACCGAGAAUGCCUGCGCCGGCGCAGACUUCCCUUCGCUCCCAAGUGCUUACUGCCCUGCGACCUCGCUCCUCGCUGGUGGCGCUGGAUGACUCGGUCGAUAUCAGUGAGCCAGCAGAAUCAUACGUCGACCCAGUAAAGCUGCUGCUGUGCACACAAAAAUACAUCAUCCCGUCACCAUUGCGGCUAUACCCACGUUCUCGAAACCCUGAACGGCCGAAGCCUCGAAAGAAGUUGGUUCUUGAUUUGGACGAAACUCUCAUCCAUUCGCUUCUGCGGAGUCAGCCGCGUCUGGCAUUUAGUGGAGCACCACUGCCGAAAGUCAUCGAGAUCCAAUUGAACGGACUUGCUAGUCUUUACUACGUCUACAAACGCCCUCAUUGCGAUUACUUUUUGCUGGAAAUCAGCAAAUGGUACGAACUUCAGAUUUUUACCGCAUCUGUACGGGAGUAUGCUGAUCCUAUCAUUGAUUGGCUUGAAAAUACUAUCCGGGCCAAGCGGCGAAACUUACGGGAUACGCCAGUAUUCACCAAGCGCUACUAUCGUGACCAUUGUACGCUCCGUAAAGGCGUGGGCUAUGUCAAGGACUUAUCAAAGUUCUUCGCAGCCGACGAACUCAAGUCUGUGGUGAUAUUGGACAAUUCACCUGUACUGUAUGCAUUGCAUGAAGACAAUGCGGUAAUGAUUGAAGGUUGGAUCAAUGACCAACAUGACCGCGAUCUUUUAAACCUUUUGCCUAUGUUGCGGCUGCUCAGUCGAUGCAUUGAUGUUCGUUACAUCUUAGGUCUCCGCAGUGGUGAUAAGAUGUUUGGUCAAGCUAAUCCCAUUAGGAGACCCUGA